ACGGAUUGAAUAUGUCAAAACUGAAGAGAAGUUGAACGAUAAAUAAUAAAAUAAUUAAAAUUAAUCUUAUGUAUUUUACGAAAUGACGUAUAUAUAAUUUAUUUUUAAAUUGUUAUCAAUUAAAAUUACUCUUGUGAAAAUGCUGUCCUAUGAAAAUAAGGUUAUACUUGCUCCUAUGGUUCGUAUUGGCACCUUACCCAUGCGUCUGUUAGCUCUACGCUUUGGUGCAGAUAUAGUGUAUUCUGAAGAAUUGAUUGACUGGAAAUUUUUACGUUCUAAACGCAGGUAUAAUGAGAUCCUACAUACAGUUGAUUUUGUUGAUCAAACGGAUGGGACCAUAGUUUUUCGUGCAAGUGAGGAAGAAAAAGAAAAAGUUGUUCUCCAGCUUGGCACAUGCAGUCCUGAUAGGGCUUUGAAGGUUGCUAAACUAGUUGAAAAAGAUGUAGCAGCUAUCGACAUCAAUAUGGGCUGCCCAAAAGAAUUUUCAAUCAAAGGAGGAAUGGGAGUAGCAUUGAUGCAAAAUUUAGAUAAAGCAUGCUGUAUAUUGAAAACUUUGGUUGAAAAUCUAUCAAUACCUGUAACAUGCAAAAUAAGGAUUUUAGAUACAAAAGAGAAGACACUUGAAGUGGUUCAAAAAUUAGCACAAACAGGUAUUAAAGCUAUUGCUAUUCAUGGCAGGACCAGAGACGAAAGACCUCAGCAUGCAGUACACCAUGACAUUAUAAAAUAUGUAUCUCAAAACAUAUCUAUACCUGUUAUAGCUAACGGUGGUUCCAAAGAAAUAGAAAAAUAUGCUGAUAUAUUGAAGUUUAAGGAAAUGACUGGUUGUAAGAGUGUAAUGAUAGCCCGAGCUGCAGAAUGGAAUUGUUCAAUAUUCAGGAAGGAAGGAAUGUUAGAUAUGGACCAAGUCAUUAGGGAAUACCUUAAACUUGCAGUACAAUUUGACAAUUCACCAUCAAAUACAAAGUACUGUGUACAAAACAUACUAAGAGAAUUACAAGACACACCCAGGGGUAGAAAAUUUUUAGAUUGCCAAACAUUAGAACAAAUAUGUGAAAUUUGGGACUUAGGUGAUUAUUGUAGAAACAAACAAAGUGAAUACCAGAAAUUGGGUAUUCAAGGAAGGUGGCAAGUUUGUCCAGAUGAGUUAGAGCCUCCAAACAAGAAGGCAAAGUGUGGAGAUAUUAAUUUGAACGAUGUUUUCCAGAUGAAGGUCUGCUUCAUUCGGGCGAACUACAAUGAUCUUAAUUUACCAAAAUCCCAAUUACAUGCUUGGGUUGGUAAAAAUGGUUACAAAGUACCAACAUAUGAAACACAUCAAGUUGAGAAAUUAUUUCGUUCAAUAUUAACACUAAACGGGAAGAAAUAUACAUCAACAUUUUGGGAAAAGAAUAAAAAGUUUGCAGAACAAGGGGCAGCUUUAGUGGCUUUGUAUCAUUUAGGAUUAAUAACAGAAGAAGAGUUAAUAAAGCUUGGAAGUAUAAUCAAAUAAGUGAAAUUAAAAAAGCUAUUUAUUUCAAUAA